GCAAUUUGAUUAAAGUUGCUGACUCCUACUAAUAGGCACUCGAAUGAUAAGUGAGCAUUUCUAUUUAUUCAGAAUUCAACUCUCUUGAAGAUGAUAUCAAAAAUUAUGCAACUACAGAAGGGAGACGCGUUACUCGAUAAGCCCAAGGUAAGACGAUUUAAUAAAAGGAUUUGCCUGGUUAUCCGUGGCAAAACUACAAGCCCAUCCACUUAGUUACACUUUAGAUCAAAUCCAAUUCCUAUGUUGCCAUGUCCGUCGAAGAUGUGAUGGAUCUUGAAUAGCAGAAAGACCCAUAACAACAAACUUCACGAGACGAAGUAGCGGGUUGAUCGAGCAACUUUCUAUGUUUUCUAUCCUCGCAAGUGAGUACAAGGCUGGCCGGCUAGAUCUACAGCUACAUCCGUGAGUGCCCGUUUCUUGUGUCAGUAUCUGAC